UCUAAGUUGAUUGGCUUGAAAUUGAUACGUCUAUCGUUCAUGAUAUUUUAUCGCCUUUGUUUUUUUUAGUGAUUAGUCGUUACAUUUUUUGAUGUUUGAAUCAAUCCUAAACGAAAAUUAUGUCGCGAUAAUCGAGAUUACAUAGUCAUGGAAAUAUUUACAGACGUCAUUAAUAAACAAUAUGGCGACAACCAGAUAUUAUUAAUGAGUAGUCUACAUGAUUAAAAUCUUGACUAGCAAUGGCAUCAAAAAAGGCAGAGGCAUCACCUCUAAUGUUUAGAAGUCAUGAUGAAAUUGAAGAGGAUUCUAUAAAACCGGAACAAGAACUAGCUAAUGCUGUGUCAAGAAAGAAAAGAAAACGAAGAACAUCCUUGAUUAUAAAUGACAGUAUAAUUGUUAUACUUGAAUUUUUCCAAAUAUGGGCUUUAAUACAAUCAAUGUCGUUAAAAUGGACAUAUCCAUUCUCAUGGCUUCAAUCCACAAACUUUAUAUUUUUUGUUAAUCUGGAUUUCUGGGAAUUUGUUAAAGUGAAUAGUGGUGCCUUUAAAGGAAUUCAAAAUUAUAAUCCACCAAGUUCAGAUGUGCCCUUUAGUUAUAACUAUGUAUUACUUGCAAUGGGUUUGUUACUAUUCCUUAUAGCAGCUAUUUUGCUGAUUAUCUAUGCUGUGUUAAGAUACAGAAAAAGACCGUUUCUGUUUGUACAUGUAGCAAGAAUGUCAAGGGCUUUGACAAUUGCCUGUCAGGUACUAACCCUACCUAUUGGUGUUGUUAUAUUUCGUUUGUUUCACUGUAAUACAAUUGGAGAGGUAGACGUUUUGAAUGAAAUGAAAUGUUUUGAAGGUUUACACUGGCUGUAUAUCGUACUGGCGGUCUUCAUCAUGGUGGCACUCUUUCUGGUAUUUCCUGCUUGGAUGAUUUACAGAAUUCGUAGAGAGGUUUUAGCAUCAACAGUCGAUCACCAUGAGAGUUACCUGCAGUUGAAAGAAAUGGAAUACAUGUCAGGAUUAGACGUUGUUUGGGUUGUGAAAGGAUUCCAUUUAUUUUCCUCCUUCAAUCUACGUGCAAUUUGGUAUCGGCCCAUCAUGCAAAUUUUUAAAUUGACUUUACUUGUUGUUUACACAGCAGCUUUUUCACAUAUCUUUGCUCAAGCUAUAGCCACCGCAUCUGUUUUAUUUGUAUUUUGGCUGCUGAUUUUGAUACUUCGACCUUUCAGGCUUACAAGUUUUAAUGUUCUGUUGGGUUUUGGCUAUUUGUGUUUAAUAGGAGACGCUGUAUUUGGUUCCAGCAUUGCUUCAUACAAACCAUCUCAAGUAGCCUCACCUUGGCUUGUACAACCAUAUGAUAGUUAUGUCUUGACUUUCGUAAACUCACUUAUGGUUUUUUCCUGUUUGGUUUUUAUAAUUCACCUGACAGUCUAUCAGAUUUGUUGUUAUCAGAAAUAUGGCUAUGAUCCUUUGUGGCCAUCAAUGGCCUCCAGAAACAACUGUCAAAUAAGCAAAGAAACAAAGAAAUUCAUGUAUGCAGUUUUACAAGGAAGAGCAGUGUUAGAAAAAUGCAGAACAAUGGCUGCAUUGUUUACUCCAAUACAUGAACUUACCCAACAAAUACAGAUAAUAAAUGCUUAUCUUCGAGAAGCUGAGAAAUUACAAGAUGGCUUUCAUGAUACAUUAUGGGAUUUGUUAGAUGAGAUGAUUGAUGCUCAUCAUCAGCUGGAACCUAAAUCUUUAUUUUCUGACAAUGUAAAGGAAUCGAUCAGAAAUAAUGCUGCAGAAUUUCUCAAGUUGAUGCCAAUGUUUUCAAGACGUCUAGCACAGAGAGAUUAUGAUUAUAUAUUGGUAUCGCCAUUGAAGAAAAGACUUCUGCUGAAAAUGAAUAUAAUUGGCAUGUUUUUGUAUGGUAGAAAAGAGAAAAUGGCCAGACAUAAAAUGGUGUAUCCUGAAAUACAGAAAAUAUGGCCUAAAUCUUUACUGAAAAAAAAGAAUGACAAGGAUGGUGAAUAUUGUGAAGAUUUGUAUCCAGAGCGUCUGCUUGGACCAGAUGCAGAAGAAAUGUUUGAAUCAUCCAGUCUAUAUUUACCAUUAGAGCUCAUGGAAUUAGAUGAGGAUGAAGAAACUGAAAGUAUUUCCACUCUAUUACGACCAAGUUCUGCACACACUGACUUGAGAUCAUUAUCUAACAGUGUUGUAUCUCUUAGAUCAGGAAAAUUUAACCCAGCUUUUGAAAGUGAUGAAAAUCAAACCGAUAAACAGACAUUGAUUUUAACUGAUAUGGAGAUAGGCGAAUCUUCUGAUGAUAUCCCACAACAACACCCUUAUCAACCUGAUCUUAUUUGUUUAUCUGAUGAACCUAAAAUGGCUGAACUAAUAUCAUUGGUUGAUGAGACAACUGAAGAUAACAACAUUAAUAAUUUUGAAGUCUCCACUUUAAGUAUUCAUGGUGCAGAUGUAGGGGACACAACUACAGAAAAUGUAUCUUCUGGAAUUGAUGAAGAAAAGACAGAUAUUCUAAAAUCAGAACAAAUAGAACCAAAAUCUAUAACCAGUCAUAGAAAAGGAAUGGGAACUAAAAUGAAGAAGAAAUGAUGAAGUAAAGAAAGAUAUACCUGAGAAUCAAAAUCUAAAACUGGUCAAGGAAAUGGAGAAGUAAUUUACAGUUUGCUAUCUGAUAAGCUUUCAAUCUUCUGUCUGUGAUAUCAUGAAAUUAUUUUUUGCAUAUUUUUUUUACAUUUAUAUAUAUAUUAUAUGUGUGUAUUUCAUGUAUUUAUUCUUUUGGUAUUAUAUCUAAUUCUAUAUAUUGUUUUGUGACGUAGGCGUACCCAAUUUUAUCAUCAUAAUGUGAUAUUUAUAUCUAUUUUAAUGGUUAAUGAUUAUUUAGUAAACUGUGAAAAUUAUUAUAUAUUAAAUGUUGCUUUUACUUGUUCAUAUGAUAUUGACAUAGUUCAAUAAUUAAGCAAAUAUCUUAUGCAAUUAUUUUGGCUUAAAGAUCGCAUAAAAUGAACACAUAAAAGUGCUAUGUGCAGGAAGCCAAUUUGGUCCUAUUUAUACCUAACCAAUUAUUUGAUACAUGAAUGUUUCAAGAUUGUCUUGUACUCCUGUUAUGUCACAUGAACUAAACUUGAGGACAUCUAACAUACAUGAACAUCUGGCCUAUUUUAAUUCACAUCAUGGUUCAAUUAACUCUAGCUUAGCUUUCUAGAUUAAUCAUUACAUAUUCCCAACUUAACAGAUAAAAUGUGUAAAUUAAAAGUUAUGUAUGAAAUGUAACGGACCAUUUUCUUUGUUAUAUUUUAUUAUGCACAUUGAUUGAUAACCAGUCUGACCAUAAUAAGUACACUGACAAGUUUGUAUAACAAUGUAUAGAGGUUUAGAGCACUAUAAGCUUCUGACAAACGUUUGGUCUCUGUGAUGCUAUAUACUGUGUAAUUGGCAAAUUGUUUUCUUGGGUAGAGCUAUAUGGGCUAAGUUGAGUGAAUUUAUCUCAAUUAAUUACAAAUUCAAAUGGUUUAAUCCAUUCGCCUGUCUGUCUGUUACACUCUUUGGGACACCUUAACUUUGCAUCUGAUUAAAGUAGAAUACUCAAACUUGAUGUAGUUCUUCAUUAGGCAAAUGCCUUGAAGUUUGAUGAUCAAACUUGGUGACAUGUAAGUUCAAUUUAGAGCAUUCUCUGCUUAGGCUAAGUUUGGCUGCUGUAUGCUUUACAAAAACAUAAAUGUGCAAGUAAUUAGUGUAUCAUCUAUUUAUUUUGGAAUUGAGACUGGUGAUAAAAUCACAAGAUCUUCAAGAACAUACCAUUUUCAUAUGUUUAUUUAUGUGCUCUUUUAAGUUUUUUCUUCAUUAAACAUUGAUGUUCAUCUUUUUAUUUACUGCAAUAUUUUUCUAUUCAGUGUAAUUUAACACAUGGUUGUGAAAUAAACAAGAUUUAAUCACA